GUUCAUGUCGUCUGCUUGUUCAGGGGAGGCUAGGCUAAAGUUUAUCAAUGGCGAAGUGUGUUCCAUCUGGUGUUUACGGUCGUCUUAAAGACCAGGCAGCCAGUAUUUUAGAGAAGCUUAAAUUGGCAUAUGACGUUUGGUUUGCCAAGUCUGAUGUCCUUCCUAACAAGCACCAGAUCAUCAUUGACACAGUAGUUGGUUUUCUCCUAAACAAGAAGAAGAAAUUUGAGCUAACACAAGAAGAAGAAAAACAAGUUUGGAACAACUUAUAUGAGUUCCUUAGUAGUAAAAACCUUGAUGAAUGUGGAAAAUAUGGUAGCACACUCCUCAUUAAACCAUCGCUGGCUCAGGUCAUUUUGGAUUACCUGGAAAUGUGUAUCACAGAAUGGGAGUCAGUAGAGAAACAUGGAAGAGAAACCCUCUCCUCUGUUAUUGGCUGUUGUCGUGUAAUCAUUGGAACCUCAUCUCUCAGCUAUGUCCUGACCUCAAGACCAGAAGUGCUUAUUGCCCUAACAGGAUCUCUUUGUCAGCUAUGGCACUUAGGACAAGUUUCUGAAAAUUCAGAAUCUGAAGUCUCAGUCCUUUUGUCUGAACAGUGUAAACAUUUAUGGUACCAUCUCCGCUGUCAUCCCAAUCAGGCUCAGAUGUUGAAAGUAGUGACAGAAAAGUUGCUGCUUCCAGUGGUACACCUAGUGCAUGAUGUCAAGACAAUUACAAGACUCAACAAAUUCAAAGUCUGUGUUGAGAGUCUCCAGGAAUUUGUUGUCAACACGGUAUUUCAUGAAGACCAUGAGAGGCUGGUGAAAACAUUUCUUGAUGUUGUCACAAAACAUCAAGACACAUCACAAAUUCCUCGGCUUAUUGAUAACUUCUUCACAAAAAUACUGUCUUGUUUAAAAGAAAAGGAUAUUCCAGCAAAGUCUAAAUCUUCAGACACAAAAGCUGCUCUUCAUUUUCUUCCUGUCAUUUUUCAACAUGCAUCAAGAAAAUGGAAGAAAUAUCCACAGCAGUGUUUCCAGCUAUUAUGCUUUUUCUUAACAUCUCUUGGAAUGCCAGAAGAAGGACAAGUUGAGAAAAUUAUGGAUGAUCAUGUUGCAACAGUUUCUCACCUCCUUUCAUUAGUACACGACUGUGGCAUCUAUAAUGUUGUAGCUGACAAAAUUGGAGGAGAAGUGCAGCUGAAAUAUUUUAGACAUGUUCUACAAGUUCUUCUACAAACUGACAAACAUGAAGAUGUGUGCAAGUGCAUGUUGACAUUUCUUCAGCUGAACCACCUGAUCCUGGAGCCCUACAUGCUCAAAGUGCUUGAUCAUUGCUGUUCUAUACACAUUCAGGAACAAGGCCGCAAUAAGAGUUAUAACCUAGAUGUUUUUAUGUCAGAGCUUAUAUCUACAUAUUCCCAACUUCAUCAAACUCCAAAGUGGAUGAAUUUUAUCUUGGCAUAUAAUGAUUCAAAUCCUCGAGCAGUUCCAAUGUUGUUUUCUCUGCAAACAUUCAGUAACAGAUAUGGACAAGUCAUGUGUUCACUCCCUUAUUCAACAGCCUUAGACAUGUGGACUAAAUUUGUUGAACAAAUUCAUACACACGUCCAGGGUUUUCUAAAUGAAAAUGAAGCUUCUUCAGCCAAGCUGUGGGGAAGUACUUUGCUCUUUCAUGAGUUUAUCAGUCACGUCAGAUUGUUUGAUGCCAGUGUGACCGGAAAAGCAGUGGAAAAGAUCCAGGCUCUGCAGAAAGAGCUAGAAGAAAAAAUUAUUUUGCCUUGUAAAAAAUUAAUUAUUCAGAAAGGAAAGGAUGAACUUGCAUGCAGGUCGUGUUUACUUCUUGCCUACUGCUUGGGAAAUGUUAAGGUAAUGUUGAUGCAGUACAAGACAAGCAGAGCUGAUCCAGAUCAGUUUUUGGUGAAGGAAAAUGACUUGCCCUUUUCUUUGAAACCACAUGAGUUGUUGAAAGUGAAAAAGUCUCUGGAUGAAGAUGUUGUCCUGCAUUAUCUUGCUGACCUUCUUACUGUUCAGAAAUUGCAAGCUUUUGAGGAAGUGGAGACAAUGUGUUUGGCCAAAAAGCCAGAAGUACAAAGUUUUCUGACUUUUUUUAAGGAAACAACUAGUUGUACAGACUUUUCCCAGACUUGGAAUGGCAGUAUAGCCACAAUCAACAAUGGCAAUUAUUUACUGGCAACAUUCUUCCAUGUAGCACAGAAAGUUCCCUUUCUUCUACCCAUCAUGCUUCUUGAAAAUUGUGAUGAUCUGUCAAAAUUCUUGGUGGAUAUUUUUUCAAAACCUAUCAUUUGCAGCCCAACAAAAGAAGGAAGACACACACUUAGGAGCACAGCACAGAUGCUUUUGUGCAACUCAGCUGCAGCAGAGAGCAGGCAAUUGCUUUCAGUCUUAAUCUGCACUUUGUGGAAAGAGAUGUGCACAGAGUUUUCUCCUCCAGGAAGUAGUGAAAGCCACAAAAAGAAAAGGACUGUUCCUUCUAAGCAUCAAACAGUUCUUUGUAGUCUUGGAGAAAGUGACAUCCUUUGGAGUGAGCAUUCAGAGAGUCGUGUGCAGUCAGUUGGGCAGUUGGUGAAUGCAGUGCUGGAGUGCGAGGAUGUGCAACCAAUAGUUUUGUCAGUGUCACAGAAAACUUGCUGCAGAUUCUGCAUUGCGUACCUCUGGCCUAUUUACCUCCAGGCUCACAACUGCAGUGCAUUUUGGGAUUGCUUACACUGCUGAGCCUACAAGCCAGCAAGGAGUUCACAUCUUCAAGGAUCCCAGACAACCAUAAACCUA